CAGACCAAGAUGAUUCCAAAUAAGCAUUAUAUGGAUCACCAAGUAGAGCUCCAAUGGUACAUGCGCCCGAUCCUAUUAGAGUGGAUCGUGCAGGUUCGUGAGAGAUUAUCGCUGGCUCCAGAAACACUUUUCCUCUGUGUCAAUUAUAUUGACCGCUUCCUAUCUCGCAAGACUAUUUCUGUAGGAAAGCUUCAAUUGGUUGGUGCCACAGCAAUCUUCAUUGCUGCGAAAUAUGAAGAGUCCGUCCCACCAAAAUAUGAAGAGUCCAGCCCACCCUCAGUUGGCGACAUUGUCCAUAUGGGUGACGGCGGCUACACUGUUGAUGAGAUCCUGAAAGCUGAGCGGUUUAUGCUCAGUAUGCUUGAGUUUGAGCUUGGUUGGCCUGGACCAAUGAGCUUUCUCAGAAGAAUAAGCAAGGCCGAUAACUACGACUUGAAGACCCGGACACUAGCAAAGUAUUUUCUGGAGGUCACAAUUAUGGAUGAACGCGUCGUUGGAACAAAGCCCAGCAUUAUUGCAGCCGCUGCCUAUUUCCUCGCUAACGCGAUGGUCAUCAACUCCGGAUGGACUCCCGCCCAUGUGUAUUGCUCCGGCUAUACCAAGUCUCAGCUAGAGCCACUGGCUACUAUGAUUAUUGAAUGCUGCAAGAAUUCCAAGGACCACCACCCUGUGGUUUUUUGGAAAUACGCCAGUCGCCGCUACAACCAUGCGUCAACUUAUGUCCAGGAA